AGAUCUAGAGAGAGAGAGCUGGAGAUCAUGGGAGCUUCCAAUCUUACAAACCCAUGCUCAUACAAUAUUAUCACAUUCCUUAUAACCGUCCUUGUAUUCAUCUCUCACAUGAAACCAACCCUAGCUUCCAAAGCACCCAAAACCUGCACAAACUUCAUCAAAACCUCAUGUAACUCAACCACUUAUCCAUCACUCUGCUACAAGUCCCUCUCUCCCUAUGCCCCGUCCGUCAAAACCAGCCCCAAAGGGCUCUGCAACGCCGCCCUCUCCGUCACCAUACGAGCUGCUCGCAACACAUUGAGCGUGGUGUCAAAGCUAACUGAACAGAAGGGUAUCACACACACCGAAGCCGCGACCAUUAAGGACUGCAUUGAGAACGUAGGGGACAGCAUUGACGACCUCAAGCAAUCUCUCAAGGCAAUGGGAAGCCUCAUUGGCGCUAAGGCCGAUAAGGAGUCUCUGAUGGCGGAUGUGAAGACGUGGAUGAGCGCAGCCAUCACCGAUGAGGAUACGUGCACAGACGGAUUCGCUGGCCGGAAUAUAAGUCCCACUGUGAAGAACACUAUCAGGAACAGCAAAUUGGGAAUUGCCAAACUUACUAGUAAUGCUUUGUCUCUCAUCAACCACCUCAAUAUUUAAAAAAACAAGUAAAAGUAGUUCAUGGGUGCAAUUCUUGGUAUCUGAUACUUGGAAAUGUUUUUGCGUACGUAAGAAAUGUGCGUAAUGUAAAUGUUUACCUUUAUUGAAGAAAAUAUUUUUCUGUACUUAUUCGUCUAUGGUUGCAAGUCGGACAAGUUGAAGAGUCAACUUAGGCUCAUUCUUAAAGCGAUCGAGGAAAUGAGGAAUGAGGGGGUAAGUGCCAUCUAGAAUUAGAUUCGACAUGUGUAUCUCAAAUUUGAGGUCGCAAUAAUUAAAAAGGCAUAAAUAUCCUUUAUUUUGAUAGUAUUACACUUUUUAUAAUUAAUUAUUUAUUUUUUGUUUCUUAUUUUAACAAAUUGGAAAUUAAAGAGGAUGUGAGAACAAACAAUAACAAUUAAUUAACUUAUUUUAUCUCUCUAUUUUUUUUUUUUUUUCUAUAC